GACCAUUUAUGUUUGGGAAUAAAUCACAUCGACAAGUCAAAUUCAGAAACAUCAGUAUCAACAAAGAAACCCAGAGAACUCUCAAGCAGAUGGAAGCCGAUUCUGAUGACAACUCCAUAAGUGAUAGCGAUGAGAACGUGUAUGCAUUCAAACCCUCUAAAAACUUCAAUUCUCAAGGCAAGCCCUUCAUGAACAACACAAAACCAGCAAGCACAAAUUUCGGCAAAGAGUACAAAUUUACCAGAACUCUUAACGCAAAGGAUAUCUCUGAUAGUUCAAAUACACUCAGGAGGCACAAGAAAAGCAUCAGCCCAUGGAGGAAGAUUCUUGAGAUAAAUAAAAAGCACAAAAAUAAUCCAACUUGCUUAAAAUUAGGGACAAAAAUCUUAUCAGCAAGGUCGAGAUCGAGACAAAGCAAGAGACACUUCCAUACAGACAAAAUAUCAGAUAAGCUCUUCUUCCAAUGGCAGUCUGAACUAUGAAGACAUACUGAUUUAAGCCCGGUGAUUGACAAAAGUCCUCCUCUCGCUGUGACAAAGCCGAAAGCAUUUGCCUUUGAAUCAACGACCAGGGACAAAAAUAAUAUCAACAAGGAGCCUUCUGGUUUUGAUUCAAUAGAGAGAGUCAAAGUCAGUAAAUCUUCAAGAGUUGUUAAGAGACAAGAUAUGAAAGCCUUAAAACUCUCACCUGACGCUGAGCCUAAAUAAGCCAAAAUCAAGACAGAUAAAGACACGGCCAAAAAUCAUGACUGCCAGAGCGAGGAGCCGCAACUGUUUUUCAAAAGAACGGAAUAAUUGAAUUGUGACUUUUAAUUUGUGACCUAGACAAACUCCUUUAUACAAAAGAGAGAAGGAUAAAUUAAGCUACUUCCCAUCCAGAUGUCUCCCAAGAAGACCUUUCUCAGUCGAAGCUGAUGAGAGAAAGAAAAGUCCUAGAAAAGGAAAGUGCAAGAUACUGAAUAAUAUAUUCAUUUUUAAUUAA